UGGUUCUUUCUCUUCUGGGCAACUUGGCUGAAGUGUCGUCAGGACGACUCUGAAACACUCCGUCAAAGUUUCUAGCCCGCCGCUCGCCCGGUGCUGACAUGGCCCCAAGCGCCCAGCUGAAGGAGGCAAUAGCCGACAUGCAGGACGGUAUCCGUGCCAUCCUACUCGGUCCUCCCGGAGCCGGGAAGGGGACUCAGGCCCCGAGACUAGCAGAGAAGUACUGCGUUUGCCACCUGGCCACAGGGGACAUGCUGAGAGCCAUGGUGGCUUCAGGCUCCGAGCUCGGCAAGAGGCUGAAGCAGACCAUGGACUCUGGCAAACUGGUUAGUGAUGAGAUGGUUGUGGAGCUCAUUGAGAAGAACCUCGACACACCAGCCUGCAAGAAUGGAUUCCUGUUGGAUGGAUUCCCCCGAACUGUCAAACAAGCAGAGAUGCUCGAUGACUUGUUGGACAAGAGGCAUGAGAAACUGGACUCCGUCAUUGAGUUUUCUGUUGACGAUUCUCUGCUGGUGCGCAGGAUCUGCGGCAGACUAAUUCAUCAGCCAAGUGGCCGUUCGUACCACGAGGAGUUCAACCCCCCCAAAGAGCCCAUGAAAGAUGACGUGACGGGUGAGCCGCUGAUCCGCCGCAGUGACGACAAUGAGAAGACGCUGCGCUCUCGCCUGGACGCCUAUCACCAGCAGACGGCCCCUCUGGUGCAGUACUACAGCUCCAGGGGUCUGCACACGGCCAUCGACGCUGCCCAGUCCCCCAACGUCGUCUUUGCGUCCAUCAUAGCUGCGUUUUCCGCCGCCACGGAAAUCCCCGCCCGCGCCACUGCCUCUGGUUAAUGCCUGAGCUGCUCCAUCCCCAUUGGAGUGAAGGAUUGGAGCUGAAAAUGAUUUUGGUCGAGUGGAGGACUGAAGAGGGGGAGGAUCAGACACUGAAGGGGGUUCCUCAGCGUUCAUAGGUUCAAGUAAAUUUUUGCUGGGCUGCCGGUUCAGACGGUUUUUAUUCCCACUAAAUUGACCAGAUUUAUCACAGUCAUCAUAUUUAAUCAAGUUUCCCCCUUUCUAAUAAACGUCUUUCUUUUCGAUAA